AUGUCAGCUUACGUUGUCAAGGGCAAGUUCGCCGUCGUCACAGGCGCUGGUUCUGGUAUUAACCUUGCAUUCGUUGAACUCCUCUUACAGUCGGGACGCUCAGUUAUCCUUGGUGACAUUGGGUUGAGGCCUGAAGCUGAAGCAACCAUCGCCAGAUAUUCCAAGGGCUCUGCUGGUACCCACGGCGUCUAUGCUAUCUUCCACAAGACAGAUGUUUCCGACUGGAACCAAAUCAGCUCACUGUCCACAUCAUCUGCAAUGGCGUGGGCCUCUAUGAGCCUCCAUCAAGCUGUUUCUGGAACGCCCCUGGGGGUUUCUCCUCUUGAACAAGAUCCUGUUGACUCCAAAGCUGGCCAGUACAAGACUUUCGCGGUGAACACCAUUGGACCGAUUCGGUUGGCUCAAAUCGCCAUUGAUUACUGGCUUCAAGACCGCAAUAUCAAAGGCAACCUCCUUUGGAUUGCAAGUCUGGGUGGUUACGUGCACUCAAUGCACACGCCGAUGUACUUCGCCAGCAAAGCUGCAAUCGUAAGCAUGGUCAAGAGUCUUGGUGGCCUCAGAAAGGAGCUGGGUAUCCGGAACGCUGCAGUUUGUCCUGAAGCGGUCUACACUCCCAUCUUUCAUCCCGAGUAUUGUCGUGAUAGAGUGCGUCCCGACGACUUGAUUCUCACUCCACAGCAAUGCGCUGCUGUCCUGAUGCGUGUUCUUUGCGAGCCUGAAUUUGGCGACGGAUAUGUAGUGGAGACGAUGUUGGUUGGAAGCAAGGACGACAACUCUGUCAGCGUCAGGGAGCACCUCCAAUGGAGUCUGGUGCAUCUGGAAGGGUGGCCGAGUUGGUUAUGGCGCCAGGUUAAGGUCAGCUUAACAUCUGUUUCCUGGUGGGGCAACCCGCGCGAGUUCGAGUCUCGUCCCUUUCAAUACCAUUUUUUGCUCCGCUCGAAUAAGAUACCGGGACUAUGUGGCAUGUGGCUCAUGUUGUAUUCCGACAUCUCUGCCGAGACUCCCUUUUCGGCCUACCAUACUCAGUAUUCAUCGUGGAUCAAGAGUCUCUGUUCACCUCCUGAUAAAUUUCAACCUGAACAGCUUCAGCCUUCGAUGAGCCCCUGA